GAUAUCAAGUUAGACACAGGGUUUAGGAUUUUACAUGGAUGGUUGACAUCCAGCCUCGCGUCUUAAUAUAUAGAUGAUCACAAUGCAGUUACAUGCAUAUACAAAUACAUGUACAAAUACAAUACACUAGAGACUAUAUUUUACAAUGUACAUGCAUGGGCUGCUGCAUGAGGCCCAGACGAGGGACGUCAGCGACAACCCCGGACUGCAGCAGCUGCUACAGGAGCUCCACUACUUCGUGGAGGCCGACCUGGCCGAGGACGCCCUGACGAGCUCCACUACUUCAUCAUCCAGGACCAGCUCGAUGGCACCUGCUGUGCAGUGUCAGACCUGGGCGAUGACCUCCGCGGUCAUGCUCGCCAUGGUCGUCAUGCUCUUCGCCACGCCGUCGGUAACUGCCUUGCAUACUUUUUUUGUUCGCCGCCUAGCCAACAUGAUGCUGGUGGUGGUGCUGCCGCUGCCGCUGUUGCUCGUAACCCACGCAAUGCAACCAAGACUGAUAGUGCUGAUAAUGAUGAUACGGUUUACAAUCUGAAAUUCGAUAGACUGGCCAUGUCCAAGAAACUUAAGUCAGUGAUAGAGGACAUACUAGCUAACCUCGCGCGGCGGCACGCCGCGCCGGUCGACAGUUUAUAUUGUACAUACUGGUUUAUUUUGUUUAUUCGCUUCAUUUAUCAUACAUUAAUUAGAGAGCAAUAUUGGGUUGCAGCCACAAAUCGGUAGUAAUGAGAACGGCCGGCUAGCCGUUGUCCAUUAGUGCCGGCUCAAAACCAAACCGGCUCUAAUGUCUCUCAUAUUAGGUCCUUUUUCUAUUAGUGUUUGGGCGUGGCUUGCUGGGAUAGAGUCCGAAACAGCUAGACACAUU